AUGGCAGAGGGGGCCAGAGACCAAGCUGGGUGCACAGGCCUUGUAGAUCCAGAGGAGGACUCCCCCAACAUGAUUGUCUACAGAAAGAUCGAAGACAUUGUUAUGCGAAUACAGGAUGAGAAAGCAGGAGGGGUAGCCAUCCGCACCGUCAAAAGUUUCCUUUCCAAGAUCCCAAGUGUGGUGUCAGGAGCGGACAUUGUUCAGUGGCUGAUGAAAAAUCUCUCCAUUGAAGACGCAGCGGAAGCUAUCCAUCUUGGAAGUCUGGUUGCUGCCCAAGGUUACCUCUUUCCCAUUUCCGACCACGUCCUCACACUCAAAGACGAUGGAACCCUUUAUCGCUUCCAGUCUCCAUACUUCUGGCCUUCAAACUGUUGGGAGCCUGAAAACACAGACUAUGCCAUUUACCUGUGCAAACGCACCAUGCAGAAUAAGGCCAGGCUGGAGCUAGCCGACUACGAGGCUGAGAACCUUGCCCGGCUGCAGAGGGCUUUUGCCAGGAAAUGGGAAUUUAUCUUCAUGCAGGCUGAGGCGCAAGUCAAAAUUGACAGGAAGAAAGACAAGGCUGAGAGGAAAAUCCUGGACAGCCAGGAGAGAGCAUUCUGGGAUGUCCAUCGCCCAGUGCCUGGCUGUGUCAACACCACAGACAUGGACAUCCGCAAGUGCCGGAGAGAGAGGAAUCCACACAGGGUGAAAAAGACAGUAUACGGGGUACCAGAUGACAGCCAGAGUCAGCCAAGUCCCAUCCAUAUCCCCUCCCAGCCAGCCAAGAAGUCGACCCACGAGGACGUCCAGAAGGAGAUCACCUUCUUGAAUAUUCAGCUGGACAGGCAUUGCAUGAAGGUGUCAAAAGUGGCUGACAGUCUGAUGGGCUACACAGAGCAGUUCAUGGAAUAUGACCCCUUUGUGUCAGCCCCUGAACCCUCCAACCCCUGGAUCGGCGAUGACGCCUCCUUCUGGGACCUGGAAGCAAGUCGAGAUCCCAGCCAGCAGCGCGUGAAGAGAUGGGGCUUCUCUCUGGACGAGGCCCUCAAAGAUCCGGUGGGACGGGACCAGUUCCUCAAAUUCCUGGAGUCGGAGUUCAGCUCAGAAAACCUACGGUUCUGGCUGGCCGUGCAGGAGCUGAAGCGACGGCCCCUCCAGGAGGUGGCCUCCAGGGCCCAGGAGAUCUGGCAGGAGUUCCUGGCCGAGGGAGCGCCGAGCUCCAUCAAUCUGGACUCCCACAGCUAUGAGCGAACCAGCCAGAACCUCAAAGACCCCGGGCGAUACAGCUUUGAGGACGCCCAGGAGCACAUCUUCAAGCUAAUGAAAAGUGACAGCUAUGCACGUUUCUUGCGGUCCAACAUCUAUCAAGACCUCCUGUUAGCCAGAAAGAAGCAGCCAGCAGACACUGAGCAGGGCCGCCGCACUUCCCUGGAGAAGUUCACCCGCAGUGUGGGCAAGUCAUUGACAGGCAAACGCCUGACGGGCCUGAUGCAGUCGUCCUGA